AAGGUGGCCAUGGUGAUGGCGCGCGGAGGGGAGAGGAGAGGAGAGAGUCUACGUACAGGAAAAAAUAAAAAGGAAUUAAAAAUAAAUAAAUUUCAUUGACCCCAAAAAAAGAAAAGAUCAAACCCAGUUUCAUCAUCAUUGUUUUCCUCCUAUAACUUCCCCUCCAUUUUGUUGUCGUUCUUGUUUCUUCCCCAAUUAAGAUCCUCUCACCAAAAAACCCUGCCAUCCUUCUCUUCUCUCUGUAUAUACAUACAAUCCGUACAUAUAAUGCAGAGAUAAGUACAUUUUUUUUUAUUGAACAUAGUUUUUCAUCAUCCAACGAAAACUCCCCAAUUUUGUUGAUUUUUUAAUUGUUCUGGGGCAAUGGCAAUGGAGGAGGGGAUUCUAGCAAUAUCUGUGGCAUCAGUGGUGGAGGAUGUUUUGCAACAACACGGGAAGCGACUGAGCGACAUUGAUUUGGCUUCUCGCAAAGCUGAGGAAGCUUCAUUGAGAAGAUAUGAAGCAGCAGGGUGGCUCAGAAAGACAGUCGGAGUGGUUGCGGCUAAAGAUUUGCCGGCGGAGCCUUCAGAAGAAGAUUUCAGACUUGGAUUGCGCAGUGGAAUUGUGCUUUGCAAUGUUCUUAAUAAAAUUCAGCCCGGUGCCGUGCAAAAAGUAGUUGAAGCACCUCCUGAUUCUGUUAAUGUCCCUGAUGGGGCAGCUCUUUCUGCGUACCAAUAUUUUGAAAAUGUCCGCAACUUCCUUGUAGCGGUUGAAGAAAUGGGGCUUGCCUCUUUCGAAGCAUCUGAUUUGGAGAAAGGAGGGAAAUCUUCCAGAAUUGUCAAUUGUGUGCUAGCACUGAAAUCAUAUGCAGAGUGGAAACAAGGAGGUGGAAGUGGAUCAUGGAAAUACAGUGGGAACUCAAAACCAUCAUCGGCAGGAAAGCAAUUUUUCCGAAGAAAUUCUGAGCCAUUCAUGAAUUCAAUCUCAAGGACUUCAUCUAUCAGCGACAAGUCUCUUGAUAGCACUGAGCCUGAUGCUCGUGAAAUGGUGAACACAGGGUCCUUGCAUAUGCUUGUUCGCGAGCUUCUCUCUGACAAGAAGCAAGAAGAUGUUCCAUUUAUUGUGGAGAAUAUGUUGAGCAAAGUUAUGGAAGAAUUUGAGCAUCGGCUAGCCAGCCAAAGUGAACAGUUGAAGACCUCCCAUAAAGAGACAGCUGUUUCAACUACCGAUGGAUCUCCCUUGGAGCUUACACGUGAGGAGACGCAGGUCGCAAUGGUCAAGGAUGAAGAAAAAGCAGCCUCUGAAGGGACAUGCGACAGGAUAAACAUAAAUGAUGGUGUAUCAACAACACAGGUUGUAAAGCAGCUUAUGCUGGUUGAACAACAGCAUAGAGAAGUACAGCAAUUGAAAUCUACUCUCCAUGCUGCUAAAGUAGACAUGCAGUUUCUUCAACUGAAAUAUCAGGAGGAAGUCAGCAAUCUAGGUAAACAUCUGCAUGGUUUAGCUCACGCUGCUUCGAGUUACCAAAAGGUUCUGGAGGAAAAUCGAAAGCUUUACAAUCAAGUGCAAGACCUUAAAGGGAACAUCAGAGUGUAUUGCCGGGUGCGACCAUUCUUGCCUGGCCAACAAAACGGUCUAAGCACUGUGGAUCACAUAGAUGACGAGAAUAUUACAAUAACUACUCCUUCAAAGUAUGGAAAAGAGGGAAAGAAAUUAUUCACUUUUAACAAGGUCUUUGGUCCUUCUGCAACCCAAGCGAAAGUGUUUGCAGAUACACAGCCUUUGAUCCGGUCUGUUCUUGAUGGCUUCAAUGUUUGUAUCUUUGCUUACGGACAAACAGGAUCAGGGAAAACACAUACGAUGACUGGCCCAUCAGAUCUCACGAAGGAGACCCUUGGUGUGAAUUACAGGGCAUUGAGUGAUCUAUUCCUUAUCUCAGAACAGAGAAGAGAUGUUAUUUCUUAUGAUAUUUCAGUUCAGAUGGUUGAGAUUUAUAAUGAGCAAGUCAGAGAUCUCCUUACCCCAGAUGGUGUUAACAAAAAAGUAGAAAUUCGUAAUAGUUCCCAGAAGGGUUUCAAUGUACCUGAUGCAAAUCUUGUUCCGGUAACAUCAACUUCUGAUGUAAUGAAUCUGAUGAACCUUGGGCACAAGAAUCGUGCAGUGAGUGCUACUGCCAUGAACGACAGAAGUAGUCGCUCUCACAGUUGCCUUACAGUUCAUGUUCAAGGAAGAAACAUGACAUCUGGUGCAAUUCUUC